AUGCAGUCCUUCGCCAGAGCAACUCGCGCCUCGGCGCUGCAAAACGUUGGCCGUCGAGCCUACUCUUCGUCGCAGUAUGCCCAGACCAUCAACAACCUGCGCAUCAACGCCGACACCAAGGUCAUCUACCAGGGCUUCACCGGAAAGCAGGGAACUUUCCACGCUCAACAAGCUAUCGAAUACGGCACCAAGGUCGUCGGUGGAACAAACCCCAAGAAGGCUGGCCAGACUCACCUCGGCCUCCCUGUCUUCAAGAACGUUGGUGAAGCCGUCAAGGAGACUGGUGCCACUGCUACUGGUCUCUUCGUCCCUCCUCCUCUGGCCGCCGCCGGUAUCGAGGAGGCCCUCGAGGCCGAGAUCCCCCUCGUUGUCUGCAUCACUGAGGGUAUCCCCCAGCACGACAUGGUUCGCAUCACCGACAUGCUCAAGACCCAAAGCAAGACCCGUCUCGUCGGACCCAACUGCCCCGGUAUCAUUGCACCCGAACAGUGCAAGAUCGGUAUCAUGCCUGGCUUCAUCCACAAGCGCGGCCGCAUCGGUAUCGUCUCUCGUUCCGGUACCCUCACCUACGAGGCCGUCAACCAGACCACCCAGGCCGGUCUUGGUCAGUCUCUCGUUGUCGGAAUCGGCGGUGACCCCUUCUCCGGUACCAACUUCAUCGACUGCCUCAAGGUCUUCACUGAGGACCCCGACACCGACGGUAUCAUCAUGAUUGGUGAGAUUGGUGGUUCUGCCGAGGAGGAUGCCGCCGAGUUCCUCAAGCAGGCCAACACUGUCAACGGUGGUAAGCCCGUUGUCAGCUUCAUCGCUGGUAUCUCUGCUCCUCCCGGUCGACGAAUGGGACACGCCGGUGCUAUCGUUUCCGGUGGUAAGGGUGGUGCCGACACCAAGAUCAAGGCUCUCGAGGACGCUGGUGUCAUUGUCGAGCGCUCUCCCGCUGGUCUGGGCAAGGCUCUCUACAACGAGUUCGUCCGCCGCGAUCUGCUAUAA